AUGCAGCGCCCUUGUGCAGCUAUCUCGAUGGUAUUCAUGGCUACUUAUAUGAAACAAGGUCUCGCCUGGAAUAGAAGCCGGGAUGGGCGUCUCCCGCGCACCUCGUGCGCGUCGCUGCCGCGCGUGGGGCGGGUGGCUAUAAAUAGAGGCAUAGUGGUGGUCGCUACAUUUGAAAUCGGUGUCGGCGUAUCGGGUCCGGUCGGCUCGUGGGCUGUCCCCGGUUGCAUUGCAGGUCAGCAAGUCGGCAGCAGCCCUUGGCGCGUUGCGUAA